AUUUUCUUAAUUACUCCAAUGAGAGGCAGGAGGCAAAACAACAAGAGAAAGAUAAAAAUGGAUAGAAAACUCAGUUCAGCCUAGACCAAGAGCGAUUGCGGCAUCUCUGUUGAGCGGAGGAUGACAGGUCUGAGGCUCCUUGGUGUGACAAUGGCAGACAGCUCUCACUGUUUCUACUGUCGGGAGGACCUCGGCGGGAAGAGGUUUGUCCGCAACGAGGGCAAGCCAGUGUGUGUCCGCUGCCAUGCCAAGUUCUGCGCCAACAACUGCGCCGAGUGCCAUCGACCCAUCGGCGUAGAAUCUAAGGAGCUCAGCCACAAGGGUCGGUACUGGCACGAGGACUGUUUCCGCUGUGUGAAAUGUUACAAGAACUUGGCCAAGGAGCCCUUCAGCACCAAGGACGACCGCAUCAUGUGUGGGAAGUGCUGCUCCAGGGAAGACGCCCCGCGGUGCCAUGGCUGCUAUAAACCUAUACUGGCUGGCAUAGAGAGCGUGGAGUACAAAGGCAACUCAUGGCACGACGAAUGCUUCACCUGCUGCCACUGUAAACGACCAAUAGGAUCGCAGAGUUUCCUUUCCAAAGGGAAUGAUAUUUACUGCAGCCCCUGCCAUGACAGGAAGUUUGCCAAGCACUGUGUCAGCUGCAAACAGCCUAUAACCUCAGGGGGUGUGAACUACCAGGAGCAGCCGUGGCACAGCCACUGUUUUGUGUGCAGCUCCUGCUCAAAGCCUCUGGCAGGGACCAGCUUCACCAAUCAUCAGGACCAGGUCUUCUGUGUCGACUGCUACAAAAACUCUGUGGCUAAGAAGUGCAGCGGCUGCCAAAAACCCAUCACAGGUUUUGGUAAAGGUGUGAAUGUUGUGAAUUUUGAGGGCAGCUCCUGGCACGAGUACUGCUUCAACUGUAAGAGAUGCUCCCUCAGUCUGUCCAACAAGCGCUUUGUGGCCAACGGCAGAGACAUCCUCUGCACCGACUGUGGCAACAAGCAGUGAGGGGACGCCUGAGUGGAGGGGCGGCGCCGUGGCAUCACUCCCUGUCUUAGACAGCGGGCCUGUAAACAGUAUCGAGGCCUGUUCAUGUAAUCCGUUUUCUUUUCUUUUCUUUUUUUUUUUUAAGGUCACAGUGGUAAUUUCAACAUUAUUGGAAGGUGGUAAGGGGUGGAUUUUGUCAUUGCCAGUGGUUUUUAAAGUAAAGUCCAAUGAGAAAAUAUUCUAGGCUUUGUACCCAGCCAACCAUAACCCCAGUUUCUUUGUCUGCUCCAUUUUCCUAGACAUGCACAUACCUAAAACACCAUUCACAAAUCAGUGUAAGCAUCAAAAUGGAACAAUAAUUGGGUUUCUCCAGAAGUCUUACCCCAGUUGAGGAUAUUGACUUUCUCAUUUACAUGGCAUUUUAGAAAUCAGAUAAACGCCUCAAUGUGGCAAGUACGCCAAUUACCUAAGUGCGUGUAAAUACAGUGAAAUUAUAUUUCACUUUUAAAAUAUAUGAAUCUCUGUGUCAUAUAGGAUGUUUAAAAUACAGUCAGUCUUACUCAGGAUAAUGCUGGGUUUUUUUGCACAGGUUUCUUUAAAUUCAUCCUGUGGAGCAGUAUUACCAUGUUUAAAGACAAUAUUGAAAUUUUAGGCUACUGUAACUGUCAAGUCCAAGUAUUCACAGUAAACUUUACAAACACAAUCACUGAAAGUCAAAUUGACACUGGCAGCUGCUCUGUCUGCUUUAGUUUGAAUAUUAGUUCAAUUACACACAAAAAAGACAAAACAGGAAAAUCCCAGAGUUUCAUUAGCUUUAAAAUGAACAUACGACUGAGGAUAUGUGUGUUUGUGUGUGUGUGUGUGUGUGUGUGUGUGUGUGUGUGUGUGUGUGUGUGCAUAUACACUCAUAUAUACAUACAUAUUCAUAUAUACACGCACAUAUGCAAAUGAGUAACUCAUGAUUAUUCUUAUGGAGCUGUUUUGCUUGGUUGCAAAAACUAUUUACUGUGUUUGUGACGUUGGUGUCAACUUAUGGAAUUUUGCCUUUUGUCAUCUUUCUAAAAGGUGAUUAAAAAAAAUCAAAUUUUAAAUAAUAAUCAAUAAACAAACAUGCAGCCAAACAAGUGCAAACAUACAUUUAAAGUUCUAGCUAUAUUUGUAAUUGCGUAUGCUUGCUAUCGGUUAUAAUUAACUAAUCUUUCAUGCACUUUUCUAAGCAAUUUUAUCUUUUACAGUUUGAAUUAUUUUUAUAGCGUGAAAAGAAAAUGUCAAAUUGGAAUAUAUGAAGCAAUCUGCA